UGGCCAUCCCCAGCAUGGUCAUGACGUGUGUUGUGUGGUGGUCGUAUGAGAUUGGAAUCCUUUUGGCAGGUCUAAUAAGUGAGGUGGAGCUUGGGGCUCAAUCAAUUGUGUACCAACUGGCAAAUAUUGCAUUUAUGUUCCCUUCGGGUUUCAGUAUAGCUGGCAAUGUAAGAGUUGGACAAGCGCUGGGAGGCGGAGACACAGAGCAGGCUAAGCUGUCUGCUAAACUGACAAUAUUCUGUGCAGGGUCCAUGUCUAUAUGUUGGUCAAUUCUCCUUGGCAGCCUGAAGGGCCAGAUGUCAUAUGUCUUUUCAGAUGAUGAACAAAUCCGGCAAAGGGUUACUGAUGUUUUGUCUAUAUAUGCUCCAUUCAUGAUCCUAGAUGCACUAUCAGCUUCCUUGGGAGGCAUUAUAAGAGGAGCAGGUAAACAGAAGAUUGGAGCCAUUUGUAACAUUUUGGGAUUUUAUGGUGUCGGUUUUCCCAUUGGUGUGCCACUGAUGUUUGCAGCCAAAUUGGGAAUCAUUGGACUAUGGAUAGGCCUUCUUACCGGUGUGUUUCUGCAGGUCAUAUUCCUAUCUUCUUAUUUGUUAAGAAUGAACUGGAAUAAAACUACAACAGAGGCUCAAAUCAGAGCAGGAGUGGUUGGGAGCUCUACAGACACAAGUCCACAACCAGAGGAUCCAGGGGACUCACAGGACAGUGCAGGAACAGACACCGUGGAGCUGGAGGACCGCGAGGCGGGGGGGCCCGCAGUGAGUCCGGGGGAGGAGGAGCUGUCUCUCAGAAGUCUGCUUCUGCGCAGAGGCCUGGUUCUGGCUGUCAUGCUAUUCAUCCUGGCUGCUGGAAUCAUUAUUAACCUGCUGAUCAAUAACUUGGUUACAUGAUUGUGAGCAAAGUCAAUUCUAUUCAGCAACUCGAAGUAUUCGAGGUAACCCCUAAGGCACUGCUGCACCGUCUGAUGCGGAUGUUUGUACUGUAUCGCACGAUGCCAAAGAAGGACAUGCAGAAGACAGUCACAGGUGCAGGCGGGCAGAAAGUAAUGAAUUAAUCUCCUUAAGCAAUACAUAACUCUUGAGUCAUUAUUUUACUAGAUGACCCUUUGCAUCUGCUACGGUCAUUAGUGAAUCCUCUCACAAACACAUUCUGUCAAAGAAAUUAAGUCAAACUACAGACAUUGCCAAAACAUUUGUAUUUAAUA